AUGGACUUUCAAAAAACCAAGGAGGCCCGCCGGGGUGCACCGGGCCAGCAGGAGGAAAGCACAGACUGUCCUUUGGAAGCCUAUGGAGGAAGCGGCCAUGCGAAGGAGUCUCCCAAGAACGACUCGCUGGAUCGUUGCGAUGCGACCGACUGUCCUGAUGCCGCAGACGCGCGCCAACGGUCAAUCGACCGGGUCGUCUAUCGUGAGCAUGCUCCGCAGUCUCCCUCUCCGAUCGUGUUGGCGACGGGUAGCCCGUCAUCGUCUUCGUCGAAAAGUCUAGAGAUUCCCACGGCCGUUGGGCUCCGUUGCGAAGAUCACAGACUGUUGUUGACCGCCAAACGCUAUCCCCCGGUGACGAAAAGCACAUUGAGCGAGCUGGAUCUGCCGUGCAUCAUGAGCAACAUCAACCUCCGAAUGGAUGCGAACUUUGAUCGCGACCUGCAUUUCAAGCCCGAUCUCGACGGAGAGAAAGGUAGGCGGAAACGCAAAGAGGCGGCGGAUUACUGGGAAGCCAUGGCCGUGGAGAUCUCCAUCUACGCCUUUUACUCGUCUCCCGCGGCUGUCGGACCUGCCGACAAUGCGCAGAACGACCAGCGACAGGCCUUCGAACCCCGUUUACCCGCCAUGUUCGAAACCUUGCAGGAUGUUCUGAAGACCCUGGUGCCCGAACGCGAUCAUCCGAGCGUGAUGCAGAAUCUCGAAGUAUCUCUACUCAUGCAGCAGAUCCAAAAAGGUGUGCUAGAUAUGGUCCGCGUGGCCACCUGGCUAGCAGGGCUCCUCAAAACGCAUUGCGCCCCGAUGCGGGAUGAAUGGGCGGACCGCAUGGUGGAGCAGAUCAGGUCAGGGUCGCAGUCGCAGAAUCCGAUGGAGAUCGUCAGCGGUCUACAAACGUUAUUCGCCAUUCUAGAGGCUAUGAAACUGGACGUUGCAAACCACCAGAUUCGCGCCUUUAGAGUGCUUCUCAUUGAAGACACCGUUCCUUUCCUGCAGGAGUAUUUUCGGGGGAAGAUCGAGAGGGAUAAUUUCCGGGUUGAGUCGUCGCGACGCUGGUAUCUGGAAGCGCAGGAGCGGGAGGUGCGACCAAUGGACAAGCCCGCACAGACGGACGGAUUGUGGCCGAUCUCGGUGUUGUUUCGUGGCAUCACCGACCUUUUGCUCCAGUUCCACACUCCGGAAGCAUUUCCGGAAACAUUCGUCUUUGACUCGGAGCGCCUGUGGCAACUCCGGACCUGCCUCCAGAAUCUGAUUAACUUGGACAUUUGCUGGUUCAUCUUCGAAUCCUACAUCCACACGCAGAAACGGUACCUGUCGGCUCCCGCUCAAACAUACGCCACCUUCCGCUCACGCAUCGGAUCGUUAAUGGAGGAGAACGAGGACUGCACGCGGGGCUCGCCGCAAUGGGUCAAAAACGUGCGCUGCAUGGCGCUGGAAAUCGCCCGGUUCGUGUAUGCCGCCUGCUGCAACGACGGCACGGUCUCGGACGAGGUGCUCGCAUCCAUCGAGUCUGCCCUGGAAUGGCACCUGUCCAAUGAGUCGAACCUCUUCCAGUACUUCCAGAGCUCGCUGCGCGAGAAAUUGCUGGCUGCCACGUUCGCAACGGCGAAGAAGUACCUGCUUAUGUCCCCGCUCGCGAUCUGCGAGUCGCAACGCAACUUCCCCCCCACGACCAGCAUGGGCCACCAGCAGCACUAUGACGUCGAACGCAUCUCCAUGCGACUGGCACAUAUGGGCGUGCUACACUGGCGAGUAUGGGCGCCGAUUCUCUACGUGCGCGUGAGCGUGUCACCAACUGACGUGGCGACCAUUCCGUCGAACGAGGUGUAUGACGUGGCACGCUCGGCCACCUUCUGA